AUGGAGGUGAAUAUGGGCCGCUGGUCAGGCUCACGGCCACCUCUGUCAUGCCUUGCCCUUCUGAUUGUCAAGCUCCUGGCCUCCAUUUGCCAGGUGGCUCACGGGACCACCUCGCUUGGCUUUCACUUCACACAUUCCAUUUACAAUGCUACAGUGUAUGAGAAUUCUGCAGCAAGGACCUAUGUCAACAGUCAAACAAGGAUGGGCAUUACCUUGGCUGACCUUUCCUGGGAUAUCAAGUACAAGAUAGUGUCUGGGGAUGAUGAGGGCUUUUUUAAAGCAGAGGAAGUCAUCAUUGCUGACUUUUGCUUCCUAAGAAUAAGGACUAAAGGUGGGAAUUCUGCUAUAUUGAAUAGGGAAAUCCAGGACAACUAUUUAUUGAUGGUGAAAGGGUCUGUCAGAGGAGAGGAUUUGGAAGCAUGGACAAAAGUGAACAUCCAGGUUUUGGAUAUGAAUGACUUAAGACCUUUGUUUUCACCAACCACGUACUCUGUCACAAUAGCAGAAAGCACUCCUUUAAGGACUAGCAUUGCACAGGUGACCGCAACAGAUGCAGAUAUUGGGUCCAAUGGUGAAUUUUAUUACUACUUCAAAAACAAAGUCGACCUCUUCUCAGUUCAUCCUACGAGUGGUGUUAUCUCCUUAAGUGGCCGGUUAAACUAUGAUGAGAAAAGCAGAUACGAUCUUGAGAUUUUGGCUGUGGACCGUGGGAUGAAACUUUAUGGAAACAAUGGUGUAAGCAGCACUGCCAAGCUUUAUGUUCACAUUGAACGUAUAAAUGAACAUGCCCCAACGAUAAAUGUAGUAACCCAUAUUCCCUUCCCAUCAGACAAAGAGCCUACCUAUGCAGUUGUCAAUAUUGAUGACCUAGAUGAAGGAGCCAAUGGAGAAAUAGAAUCUGUUUCUAUUGUGGCUGGAGAUCCACUAGAACAGUUCUUCCUGACUAAAGAAGGUAAAUGGAUGAAUGAGUAUAAAGUCAAAGAACGAAAGCCUAUUGAUUGGGACAGCUUCCCAUAUGGUUAUAACCUGACCCUCCAAGCAAAGGACAAAGGAUCUCCUCAGAAAUUUUCUGCAGUCAAACUAGUCCACAUUGCUAGUCCCAAGAAAGAAAGUAUCCCCCUGAGGUUUGAAAAGGAAGCGUAUGAUUUUGUGAUCAGUGAAUUUUCACCUCCUGGUGUGGUGGUUGCCGUAGUUAAGCUGAUGUCUGAGCCACCAGGUGUGGAAUAUAAAAUAGCUCCAAGUGAGGAAGCUGAGUAUUUUAAGAUCAAUCCCAACACAGGCCUUAUUACUACUGCACGUCCUUUGAAAAUCAUUGAGAAGGAUGUCUAUGAAUUAGAAGUACAUACGAACAAAGAUGGUGAUUUAAAAGCACAGGUUUCUAUCAGGUUAGAAGAUGCCAACGAUCACACUCCGGAGUUCCAGCAGCUCUCCUACAGCUCAUUCGUCAAUGAAAGUGUCCCUGUGGGGUCUAGUGUUUUGGCAGUUUCAGCAGUUGAUAGAGACAGGGGAGAAAAUGGAUACAUAACAUACAGCAUUGCCAGUCUGAACUCACUACCAUUUACAAUAAACCAGUUUACAGGUGUCAUCAGCACAUCUGAAGAACUGGAUUUUGAAUCCUCACCUGAAAGCUACAGAUUCAUUGUGAGAGCUUCUGACUGGGGUUCUCCCUAUCGCCAUGAAAGCGAGGUGAAUGUCACCAUAUACAUAGGCAAUGUCAAUGAUAACAAACCCCUCUUUGAAAAAGUGGCGUGUCAGGGAGUGAUUUCUUCUGAUUUUCCCGUUGGUGGUCACAUCACUGCUGUUUCUGCAAUAGACAUAGAUGAGUUAGAGCUUGUGAAGUACAAAAUAAUCUCUGGAAAUGAACUUGGCAUUUUUUAUUUAAAUCCUGACUCUGGUGUCCUGCAACUUAAAAAAUCUCUAAUUAAUUCUGGCAUAAAGAACAGCAAUUUUGGCCUUAAGAUAACGGCAACUGAUGGAGAGAACUUUGCUGAUGCUAUGUUUGUUAAUAUUUCAGUAGUUCAUGGGAAAGUGUCUUCAAAGACCUUUAGCUGUAGAGAAACUAGAGUUGCUCAAAAGCUAGCAGAAAAAUUACUCAAAAAGGCAAAAGCAAAUGUGAAGCUGAAUUUGGAAGAUGGUUUUCUUGAUUUUUAUUCGGUGAACAAGCAGGCACCACAUUUUGACAAAUCCUUCCCUACUGAUGUAAAGGUUUCGGAGGAUCUACCAGUUGGUUCCACCAUCUUGAGGAUAAAGGCCUAUGAUGCAGAUUCAGGCUUUAAUGGAAGAGUACUUUAUACAAUUUCCGAUGGCAAUGUAGAUAGUUGUUUCAACAUUGACAUGGAGAUGGGGGUACUUAGUGUUCUUAUGCCCUUGGACCGUGAAAAAACAGAGCUCUAUCUCCUUAAUAUUACAAUUUAUGAUUUAGGUAAUCCACAAAAGUCUGCAUGGAGACUGUUGACUGUCACUGUGGAGGAUGCAAAUGAUAACAAGCCUGUUUUUUUACAGGACAGUUACUCAGUUAAUAUUUUAGAAAGUACAAGUCUUGGUACAGAGAUUAUCCAAGUAGAAGCCAGAGAUAAAGACCUAGGAUCUAAUGGUGAAGUGACUUACUCAGUACUGACAGACACCCAACAGUUUGCUAUCAACAGUUCCACAGGAGUGGUGUAUGUGGCUGAUCAACUAGACCGUGAAUCAAAAGCAAACUACACACUGAAGAUCGAGGCUAGGGACAAGGCAGAGAGCAGCCAUCAGCAGUUUUCUAUUGUGCCUCUGAAGGUUUUUUUGGAUGACGUCAAUGAUUGUUCUCCAGCCUUUAUACCAUCCAGCUACAACGUGAAGGUCCUUGAGGACCUGCCCGUUGGCACUGUCAUAGCUUGGUUGGAAACUCAUGAUCCGGAUCUCGGCUUGGGAGGCCAAGUCCGUUACUCACUAGUGAAUGAUUACAAUGGGCGCUUUGAGAUAGACAAAGCGAGCGGUGCCAUCCGCUUGAACAAAGAACUUGAUUACGAGAAGCAGCAGUUCUACAACCUGACGGUGCGUGCCAAGGACAAAGGGCGCCCGGUUUCUCUCUCUUCUGUUUCUUUCGUGGAAGUUGAAGUGGUGGAUGUUAACGAAAAUCUCUAUACCCCUUAUUUUCCUGACUUUGCUGUCAUUGGAUCUGUAAAGGAAAACUCCCGCAUCGGUACAAGUGUUUUGCAAGUUGUUGCUCGAGACGAGGACUCUGGAAGGGAUGGAGAGAUCCAGUAUUCCAUCAGGGAUGGCAGCGGCCUGGGAAGAUUCAGCAUAGAUGAAGAAACUGGAGUUAUCUACACAGCAGAUAUCCUUGACCGGGAGACGACCAAAUCCUACUGGUUGACCGUGUAUGCGACUGAUCAUGGUGUUGUCCCACUCUACACUACCAUCGAAGUCUACAUUGAGGUGGAGGACGUGAAUGACAAUGCUCCCCUCACCUCUGAACCCAUCUAUUACCCAGCCAUCAUGGAAAACUCCCCAAAGGAUGUAUCUGUCAUUCAGAUCCAAGCCCAGGACCCUGACUCCAGCACUAAUGAAAGACUGGCUUACCGGAUUACAAGUGGAAAUCCCCAGAACUUCUUUGUAAUCAAUCCCAAAACAGGUCUGAUUACAACCACAUCAAGAAAAUUGGAUCGGGAGCAGCAAGCAGAGCAUUUUUUGGAGGUAACUGUCUCAGAUGGAGGCACGUCUCCCAAGCAGUCCUCCGUCUGGGUGGUGGUCCAGGUUCUGGAUGAGAACGAUAACAAACCUCAGUUUCCGGAGAAAGUCUAUCAGAUCAAGCUGCCAGAGAGGGACCGUAAGAAAAGAGGGGAGCCAAUCUACAGAGCUUUUGCCUUUGACAAAGAUGAAGGCCCUAAUGCAGAAAUCUCAUACAGUAUUGUGGAUGGAAACGAUGAUGGAAAAUUUUUUAUUGAUCCUAAAACAGGGAUGGUUUCUUCCAGAAAGCAAUUCACAGCAGGGAGUUAUGACAUCUUAACAAUAAAAGCAGUGGACAAUGGCCGGCCCCAAAAGUCUGCAACUGCACGCCUCCAUAUCGAGUGGAUUAAAAAGCCUGCGCCCUCGCCCGUGCCCCUGACUUUCGAUGAGCCCUUUUACAACUUCACCGUUAUGGAAAGCGAUAAAGUGACAGAAAUUGUCGGGGUGGUCUCUGUGCAGCCAUCUAAUAUUCCCCUCUGGUUUGAUAUUGUCGGUGGCAAGCAUGCUCGAGAGAUGUUCUAUAUUCUACAGACAGCUUGUGGGCAGAACUGUUCAACAGAAGGAGGGAAUUACGAUAGUUCUUUCGACGCGGAGAAGGGAGUGGGCACUAUUGUCAUUGCAAAGCCUUUGGAUGCAGAGCAGAGGUCAAUAUAUAAUAUGACUGUGGAGGUCACCGAUGGAACAAACAUUGCCACGACUCAGGUUCUUAUCAAAGUGCUGGAUAACAAUGAUAAUGGCCCAGAAUUCUCUCAGCCAAGUUAUGAUGUCACCAUUUCAGAGGACAUCCUCCCUGAUACUGAAAUUCUACAAAUUGAAGCUAUAGACAGAGAUGAAAAGCAUAAGUUGAGCUACACUAUUCACAGCAGCAUCGAUACAGUCAGCAUGAGAAAAUUCAGAAUUGAUCCCAGCACUGGGGUGCUGUAUACUGCUGAGAGAUUAGACCACGAGGCUCAAGAUAAGCACAUCCUUAAUGUCAUGGUCCGAGACCAAGAAUUCCCUUAUAGAAGAAGCCUGGCCAGAGUCAUCAUAAAUGUGGAAGAUUCCAAUGACCACAGUCCAUAUUUUACCAGCCCAUUGUAUGAAGCCUCGGUGUUUGAGUCAGCAGCAGUUGGAUCAGCAGUCUUGCAGGUCACAGCUUUGGACAAAGACAAAGGAGAAAACGCAGAGCUUAUCUACACAAUUGAAGCAGGAAAUACAGGAAACACAUUCAAGAUUGAACCAGUUUUAGGGAUUAUUACAUUACUGAAGGAGCCAGACUUAACCACAAUGGGACAGUUUGUUUUGUCAGUCAAAGUGGCUGAUCAAGGUUCUCCACCUCUGUCUGCAACAGCAAUCGUGAGGAUAUCUGUGACAAUGGCAGAUAACUCCCAUCCUAAAUUCACUCUCAAAGAAUACCAAGCAGAGGUUAAUGAAAAUGUGGAUAUUGGUACUUCUGUCAUCGCUCUCUCUGCAAUCAGUCAGUCUACAUUAGUUUAUGAGGUUAAAGAUGGGAAUGUGGAUGGAGUCUUCACUGUAAACCCAUAUUCUGGAGUGAUCACCAGUCAAAAGCCCCUUGAUUAUGAACGUGCAUCUUUUUAUCAGCUCGUCAUACAGGCAACAAAUAUGGCAGGCAUGGCAUCAAAUGCUACUGUGAACAUUCAGAUUGUUGAUGAAAAUGAUAACCCACCAGUUUUUCUCUUCUCUCAGUACGCAGGGAGCAUAAGCGAAGCUGCUCCUGUAAACAGCAUAGUGCGGAGUGCGAAUAACAGUCCCCUUGUGAUACGUGCCACUGAUGCUGACAGCAACCAGAAUGCUUUGCUUGUCUACCAGAUUGUUGAAUCUACUGCAAAAAAGUAUUUCACAGUAGAUUCUAGCACAGGUGCAAUCAGAACAAUUGCAAAUUUAGAUCAUGAAACAAUAGCCCACUUCCAUUUCCACGUGCAUGUUAGAGACAGUGGGAAUCCCCAGCUUACAGCAGAGAGCCCAGUUGAAGUGACCAUUGAGGUAACUGAUGUCAAUGACAACCCACCAGUCUUCAGCCAGGCCGUGUUUGAGACAGUCUUGCUCCUGCCCACAUAUGUUGGUGUUGAGGUUCUCAAAGUCAAGGCUACAGACCCAGACUCAGAGAUCCCUCCUGAACUAACAUACAGUCUCAUUGAAGGCAAUAUGGACCAUUUCUUAAUUGAUUCAAGCACAGGGGUACUCACCAUUAAAAACAACAGCCUAUCCAAAGACCAUUAUAUGCUAAUAGCAAGAGUAUCUGAUGGGAAAUUUUAUAGCACUGCUAUGGUGACAAUAAUGGUAAAAGAGGCCAUGGAUAGCGGGCUCCAUUUCACACAAAACUUUUAUUCCACUUCUAUCUCAGAAAACACCACCAAUAUCACAAAGAUUGCUGUGGUGAAUGCUGUUGGUAACCGCCUCAAUGAGCCUCUGAAAUACAGUAUAUUAAACCCAGGCAACAAAUUCAAAAUCAAGUCCACCUCAGGAGUCAUUCAGACAACUGGCAUCCCCUUCGAUCGAGAGGAACAGGAUCUGUAUGAGCUGGUGGUGGAAGCAAGCCGUGAGCUAGAUCACCUUCGUGUCGCUCGAGUGGUGGUGAGGGUUUACAUUGAGGAUAUAAAUGACAAUGCCCCAGUCUUCGUAGGGCUGCCAUACUAUGCUGCUGUGCAAGUCGAUGCUGAGCCUGGUACCCUGAUAUAUCGAGUGACAGCUAUUGACAAGGAUAAGGGUGAAAAUGGUGAGGUGUCAUAUCUUCUGAAGGAAGACUAUGGACAUUUUGAAAUUGAUAGAGGAUCUGGUAGUGUCACCUUGAAAGAAGCCUUCAAUUCUGAUUUGUCUAAUAUAGAGUAUUUGGUUGUCAUUCUUGCAAAAGAUGGCGGUAACCCAUCGUUGUCUGCUUUGGUAGAGCUCCCCAUUACCAUUGUUAACAAAGCAAUGCCUGUGUUUGACAAGCCCUUCUAUACAGCUUCCGUGAAUGAAGAUGUGGAAAUGCACACGCCAAUUUUAAGUAUAAAUGCAACCAGUCCAGAAGGCCAGGGCAUCAUUUAUAUCAUUGUCGAAGGAGAUCCCUACAACCAGUUUAAUAUUGACUUUGAUACUGGAGUUCUGAGUGUCAUCAGUCCACUGGACUAUGAAAUAAGUUCUCUUUUCAAGCUGAUGGUGCGAGCCAGCGAUGCCCUCACUGGUGCUCGAGCUGAGGUCACUGUGGACUUGAUCGUUAAUGAUGUUAACGAUAAUCCUCCAGUUUUUGAUCAGUCGGCUUAUAAUGCGACUUUGUCUGAAGCCUCUUUGAUCGGGACUCCUGUACUGCAGGUGGUUGCUAUAGAUGCUGACUCUGACAAUAACAAGAUGGUGCAGUACCAGAUAGUCCAGGACACCUUUAACAGCACAGACUAUUUCCAUAUAGACAGCAGCAGCGGCCUGAUUCUGACAGCCCGGAUGCUCGAUCAUGAACUCAUACAGCAGUGCAGCUUGAAAGUCAGAGCCACCGACAAUGGGUUCCCACCACUAAGCAGUGAGGUUCUUGUUAGUAUCUCAAUAACAGAUAUGAAUGACAACCCCCCAGUUUUUAACCAGUUAAUAUAUGAAUCAUAUGUGAGUGAACUGGCACCUCGGGGUCAUUUUGUGACUUGUGUCCAGGCCUCUGAUGCCGACAGCUCCGAUUUUGACAGACUGGAGUACAGCAUCCUAUCAGGAAAUGAUCGGACCAGUUUCAUUAUGGACAGCAAAAGUGGUGUUAUCACCCUUUCCAACCAUCGCAAACAGAGGAUGGAGCCCAUGUACAGCCUAAAUGUCUCUGUGUCAGAUGGGCUGUUCACCAGUACAGCUCAGGUGCACAUCCAGAUCCUUGGGGCCAACCUCUAUAGCCCUGUGUUUUCACAGAGCGUUUAUGUUGCAGAGGUUAGAGAAAAUGCUGCUCCAGGAACUAAAGUACUCCACGUGAAAGCAACGGAUGGGGAUUCAGGUGUAUACAGCCAGAUAAGCUACUCCAUAAUAAAUGACUUUGCCAAGGACCGGUUUUUGAUUGAUAGCAAUGGGCAGAUUCUGACAACGGAGAGGUUAGACCGGGAGAACCCACUGGAAAGUGAUAUCGGUAUAUUUUUGAGAGCCCUUGAUGGAGGUGGCAGGACUACAUUUUGCACUGUGAGAGUGAUAGUAGUGGAUGAGAAUGACAAUGCUCCUCAGUUUUUGACAGUCGAAUACAGAGCAAGCGUCAAAGCAGAUGUUGGGAAAGGUUACUUGGUGACUCAAGUACAAGCAGUGGAUCCAGAUGAUGGAGCCAAUUCCAGAAUUACGUAUUCUCUAUAUAGCGAAGCUUCCGUUUCAGUAGCUGAUCUGCUUGAAAUAGAUCCAGACAAUGGAUGGAUGGUCACCAAAGGUAGCUUUAACCAGCUAAAAAACACAGUUCUGUCAUUCUUUGUAAAAGCAGUUGAUGGUGGCAUUCCUGUGAAACAUUCUCUCAUUCCUGUCUACAUCCAUGUUUUACCCCCAGAAACUAUUUUGCCUUCCUUUUCUCAACCUCAGUAUUCUUUUACCAUAGCUGAAGACACCGUCAUAGGCAGCACCAUUGACAUUCUGCAUGUUUUGCCUAAUCAAGGUGCUUUGUACAGCACAGUUAAUGGUGAGCUGAGUGAAAACAACAGAGAUGGUGUUUUCAUCAUAGAGCAAGACACGGGUCUCCUAAAACUGGAUAAGAGACUUGACCAUGAGACAAAUCCCGCUUUUCACUUCAAAGUUGCGGCCACUAUUCAAUUAGACAAAGUGGACAUCGUGUUGACCGUGGAUGUGGAGGUUAAGGUAUUGGAUGUCAAUGACAACAAGCCCAUGUUUGAAACAGCCAGCUAUGAUGCUAUAAUAAUGGAAGGGAUGCCUAUAGGAACAAAACUUAUGCAAGUUAAAGCAGUUGAUGCAGACUCAAGUGCAAAUGGGCAGGUCACCUAUACACUUGCAGUGGAAUCAGAACUGGAGAAGAUCACAGAAGCGUUCACCAUUGAUAGCAACAGUGGCUGGAUCAGCACACUGAAGGAUCUAGACCAUGAAAAGGAUCCUGCUUUCACCUUUGCAGUGGUGGCCUCAGAUCUGGGGGAGACUUUAUCCUUGUCAUCAACCACCUUGGUCUCAGUUACUGUGACAGAUAUCAAUGAUAAUGCACCCGUCUUUGAGCAUGAGGUGUACAGAGGGUCAGUGAAGGAGAGUGACCCUCCAGGGGAAGUCGUGGCUGUUCUUAGCACCUGGGAUGAAGACACUUCUGAUGUCAACCGGCAGGUUAGCUACUAUAUUACAGGAGGGAAUCCCAAAGGGAAGUUUGCUCUGGGACUGGUUCAGAAUGAAUGGAAAGUUUAUGUUAAAAGGCCUCUAGAUCGGGAGGAGCAGGAUGUUUAUUACCUGAACAUCACCGCCACAGAUGGCCUCUUUGUAACCCAAGCUGCCGUGGAAGUGACUGUCACUGAUGUUAACGAUAAUAACCCAGUUUGUGAACAGGUUGCAUACACAGCAUUGUUUCCUGAAGAUAUUCCAUCAAACAAAGUGAUUCUUAAAAUUAGUGCUAAAGAUGCUGAUAUUGGGUCCAAUGGUGAAAUUCGCUAUUCUCUCUAUGGUGUUGGGAACAAUAAGUUUUUCUUAGAUCCAGAAAAUGGUGAGCUGAAAUCCUUAGCCCCUCUUGACCGAGAGAAAAUCCCUGUGUACAACUUGGUUGCCCGAGCCACAGAUGGUGGGGGCAAGUUUUGCCAGUCAGAAAUUCAUCUUAUUUUGGAAGAUGUUAAUGAUAAUCCACCAGUGUUUUCAUCUGAUCACUACACUGCCUGUGUCUAUGAGAAUACAGCUACUAAAGCUUUAUUAACAAGAGUCCAAGCCACUGAUCCUGAUGUUGGUGUGAACAGAAAAGUUACCUAUUCCCUGGCAGACUCUGCAGGUGGUUACUUCUCAGUUGACCAGUCAUCAGGAAUCAUUAUUUUGGAGCAUCCACUUGAUAGAGAGCUUCAGUCUUCAUAUAACAUCAGUGUAAAGGCCUCAGAUCAGAGCAUUGUGCUGACCUUGUCCUCAUUUGCCACAGUUACCAUUACAGUGCUAGACAUUAAUGACAACCCCCCUGUGUUUGAAAGAAGAGAUUAUCUCGUAACAGUACCUGAAGACACCUCACCUGGCACUGCAGUCCUUUCUGUGUUUGCUACAAGCCAAGACAUUGGUACUAAUGCUGAAAUUGCCUAUCUCAUCAGAUCGGGGAAUGAGAAAGGGAAGUUCAGGAUUAACUCAAAAACAGGAGUGAUUUCCAUUUUUGAAGCUUUGGAUUAUGAAUCGUGUAAGGAUUUCUACUUAGUAGUGGAAGCAAAAGAUGGAGGAACUCCAGCCCUGAGCGCCGUGACGACUGUGAACGUGAACGUGACAGAUGUGAACGACAACGCACCACAGUUCAGCCAGGCCGUGUACAGCGCCGUCAUCAGCGAGGACGCGGCCCUCGGCGAGCCCGUCAUCACGUUGAUAGCAGAAGAUCUGGACAGUCCUUCCAAUGGCCAGAUUCAUUUUUCCAUAGUGAACGGGGAUCGAGACAAUGAAUUUUCAGUUGAUCCUGUUUUGGGACUCGUGAAGGUGAAAAAGAAAUUGGAUAGAGAAAGGAUAUCUGGUUAUUCAUUAGUUAUCCAGGCAAGAGACAGUGGCACCCCUCCUUUGUCUUCAACUGUGACGGUCAACGUGGACAUUUCUGAUGUGAACGAUAAUAGCCCUGUAUUUACUCCAGCUAACUAUACAGCUGUAAUUCAAGAAAAUAAACCAGUGGGCACAAGCAUUUUGCAGCUGGUAGUGACAGACAAAGACUCUUUUCACAAUGGCCCCCCUUUUACCUUCACCAUCCUCACUGGCAAUGAAGAGGAGGAGUUUACGCUGGAUCCUCACGGCGUCUUGAGAUCUGCAGUCAUCUUCAAGCACAUGGUCGCAACCGAAUAUGUGCUGUGCGUGCAGGCAAAGGACUCUGGGAAACCUCAGCAGGUUUCCCACACCUACGUUCAGGUGAGGGUUAUUGAAGAGAGCAUUCACAAACCGACUGCCAUUCCACUGGAGAUUUUCAUUGUCACUAUGGAAGAUGAUUUUCCUGGGGGAGUCAUUGGGAAAAUUCAUGCCACAGAUCAGGAUGUGUACGAUGUCCUCACAUAUACGCUGAAAUCAGAGCAGAAAAGUUUGUUCAAGGUCAACAGCCAUGAUGGGAAGAUCAUUGCCCUCGGAGGGCUCGAUAACGGCAAGUACGUCCUGAAUGUGUCUGUCAGCGAUGGCCGGUUCCAAGUACCCAUCGAUGUCGUGGUCCACGUUGAGCAACUGCUGCAAGAAAUGCUGCAGAACACCGUCACCAUCCGUUUUGAGAACGUUUCCCCAGAAGAUUUUGUGGGCCUUCACAUGCACGGGUUCAGGCGCACCUUGCGAAACGCAGUGCUCUCCCAAAAACAGGACAGCCUACACAUCAUCAGUAUUCAGCCCGUGGCAGGCAGCAAUCAGCUUGACAUGCUGUUUGCAGUUCAGAUGCACAACAGUGGUUUCUAUAAGCCUGCCUAUUUGAUUCAGAAGCUUAGCAAUGCAAGGAGACACUUGGAAAAUGUGAUUCGUAUUUCUGCUAUCUUGGAGAAGAAUUGCUCUGGACUGGAUUGUCAGGAACAACACUGUGAACAAAGUCUAUCUAUUGAUUCACAUUCCCUGAUGACCUAUAGCACGGCACGAAUUAGUUUUGUGUGCCCCCGCUUUUACAGGAAUGUGCGCUGCAUGUGCAACGGAGGACUCUGCCCAGGAUCUAAUGAUCCCUGUCUGGAGAAGCCAUGUCCAGGGGACAUGCAGUGUGUGGGGUAUGAAGCGAACCGGAGACCCUUCAUCUGCCAGUGCCCACCAGGAAAGCUUGGCGAGUGUUCAGGCCACACUUCCCUUAGCUUUGCUGGGAAUAGCUACAUUAAAUACCGGGUUUCUGAAAAUAGCAAGAAAGAGGAAUUCAAGUUGGCUCUUCGUCUGCGAACCCUGCAAAGCAAUGGGAUCAUAAUGUACACCAGAGCGAAUCCCUGUAUCAUUCUGAAGAUUGUGGAUGGCAAACUGUGGUUCCAGUUGGACUGCGGAAACGGUCCGGGCAUCCUGGGAAUUUCGGGCAGGGCCGUUAAUGAUGGAAGCUGGCACUCAGUCUUCCUGGAGCUGAACCGUAACUUCACCAGCCUGUCCCUGGACGACAGCUACGUGGAGCGUCGCAAAGCCCCCCUCUAUUUCCAGACUCUCAGCACAGACAGCUCCGUCUACUUCGGCGCUCAGGUCCAAGUGGACAACGUCCGCAGCCUGACCGACAAGAGAACGACGCAGGUCUUGAGCGGCUUUCAGGGCUGCCUGGAUUCAGUUGUCCUGAACAACAACGAGCUGCCGCUCCAGAACAAGCGCAGCAGCUUUGCAGAAGUGGUCGGCCUGACGGAAUUGAAGCUUGGCUGCGUGCUCUACCCCGACGCCUGCGAGAGGCAUCCCUGCCAGAACGGCGGCACCUGUACCACCGUGCCAUCUGGUGGCUACCAGUGCAAUUGCCUCUCCCAGUUUACAGGAAGGAACUGUGAGUCAGAGAUCACAGCCUGCUUCCCAAAUCCCUGCCGGAAUGGAGGCUCAUGCGAUCCCAUCGGCAACGCUUUCAUCUGUAACUGCAAAAAUGGCCUCACAGGAGUAACAUGUGAAGAAGACAUCAAUGAGUGUGAGAGAGAAGAAUGUGAAAAUGGUGGCUCCUGUGUCAACAUCUUCGGUUCAUUCCUGUGUAACUGCACCCCUGGCUAUGUGGGGCAAUACUGUGGCCUUCGCCCCGUGGUGGUUCCCAACAUCCAAGCUGGGCAUUCCUACGUUGGCAAGGAGGAGCUGAUAGGAAUAGCUGUGGUUCUGUUUGUCAUAUUUGUGUUGAUCAUCCUCUUUAUCAUUUUUCGCAAGAAAGUUUUCAGGAAGAACUAUUCCCGCAACAACAUCACGCUGGUACAGGAUCCGGCUACUGCCGCCCUGCUCAACAAGAGCAAUGGCAUCCAGUUCAAGAACAUCAGGAACAGUGGAGACAGCAGAAAUAUCUACCAAGAAGUGGGGCCUCCACAGGUCCCAGUGAGGCCGAUGGCUUAUACCCCGUGCUUCCAGAGUGACUCGCGGAGUAACCUGGACAAGAUAGUGGAUGGGCUUGGCGUGGAGCACCAGGAGAUGACGACAUUUCAUCCCGAGUCCCCGCGAAUCCUGACAGCCAGGCGGGGGGUGGUAGUGUGCAGCGUGGCUCCGAACUUGCCCGCUGUGUCUCCCUGUCGGUCCGACUGUGACUCCAUCAGGAAGAGCACGUGGGAUGCUGGGACGGAAAGUAAAGGGGUUGAUGACGCUGAAGAAGUGACCUGUUUUGCAGGAAGUAAUAAAGGCAGCAACUCCGAAGUACAGUCCCUCAGCUCCUUCCAGUCUGAUUCCGGUGAUGAUAAUGCUUCCAUAGUGACUGUCAUACAGCUUGUCAACAAUGUAGUUGACACUAUAGAAAAUGAAGUGUCUGUUACGGAUCAAGGACAGAACUACAACAGAGCGUAUCACUGGGACACCUCUGACUGGAUGCCAAGCACUCGCUUGUCUGACAUUGAGGAACUGCCCAAUUUCGAGGCGGCAGAUGGAGGCUCAGCUCAUCACGGCAGUACCAGAGAGCUGGAAACAGAUUACUACCUUGGUGGCUACGACAUUGACAGCGACUACCCUCCCCCUCACGAAGAGGAGUUUUUAAGUCAGGACCAGUUACCACCUCCUCUUCCCGAGGACUACCCGGACCAAUACGAAACUCUCCCGCCCUCGCAGCCGGUCUCCAUGGCCAGCACGCUCAGCCCCGAUUGCAGGCGACGGCCGCACUUCCACCCCAGCCAGUAUCUCCCUCCUCAUCAGUUCCCCAACGAGACGGACACCACAGGGGCUCAGGCUGGGAACGAAUUUAGUACUUUUGCUGUUGCCCCAAGCCAGAACACAGAAAACGUUAGUGCAGGUAAGAUGCCCUUAGCCUUGCACAACUCUCUAGAUGCCUCCUCUUCUGACGUCUCCGCCAGCUGCGGCUUUGAUGACUCUGAAGUAGCCAUGAGUGACUAUGAAAGUGUGGAGGGACUCAACCUAGAAAAUGUUCACAUUCCAUUUGUGGAGACCCAGCAUCAGACACAAGUGUAA